UAUAAUGAUAUUUCAGAUCCAUGCCUUUCUACUGGUUUUCGGUUUUUGUUUUUAUUUUCAUUUUUGACGAAAAAGAUUCGAUUUUGAUUCGUUAUUUGAGGUGUAGGUGUAUUGUUUUGCUUUGGAUUGAGAUUAUUGUGAUGUUUUUCAAUGGUUUCGAUUGAUUUUUAGGUGAAUUUUCCCCCAAAUUUUAUUUGAACCUCUCUGUUGAUUGUUUUGAAUUUUGCAUCAGGAAUUAGGUUAAUGCCAUAAAACAAAUGGAGUGUAGAUCGUUUGCUCGAUCCAUACUGAUGAAUGCUCAAUGAUGAUUUUAUUAAUUUAAGAUCCGGAAUUAGGUUGCUUGCAUUUUCAUAGCUCUGCAAUCUGACUCGUUGACUUUUAUGUCUUUUGUAUAUUCUUCUGUGAAUUAAGGCAGUUUGAUAUGGAUACUGUUCAUAAUCAAGAUCAUAUGCUAAAAAUUUUUGAGUUCUGUUGGAUUAAUGUACUUGUUUGAUGAUGUUUCCAUUGAAAUUUUUGUUGAUCUUCUAGAUAAAUUAAUCACCCUUCUUUUGUGACUAUGAUUCAUUUUUGAAGUCUACCCAGAGUUGAACUUUGGUGAGAUAUUCUUUGAGCAAUCAAGCAUGCCUAAUCAUUUAUUUCGUGUUUGGAUUGAUGGAGAACAGAGGAAAAGAAAGUACUGAAAUAUAAUGAAUAGAGAAGCAAAGCGAAAAAAUAAACCAUUCAUGCAUGUUCUUUCAUUUGAUCCUAUAUGUUCUUUUCUUUCAAUUGUGCUUUGACUAGAAUUUUAUAUGCUUGUUUUAUUUACCUAUCUAUCAUUUUGCGUCUAUCUUGAUGAGUAAGUUCUUGUGGAUGUUAUUUUCAUUUGUAAAAAUUACGCUAUUGAUCAGUGUCAAGGCUUUACCAUUUAGAUUUUCUUUAUCUGGUUGUCAGGUUGUUGGACAAAAAAAGCCAAUAAAGCAGUAGACAUGGCGGUUAUCAGAAAGGUCCUCAUUGUUCCUGUAAAAACUAGUUACAGAGUGGCUCGUGAUCAUCCAUUUGUUUUGGUCUGGGUGUUUAUCAUGCUUCUACUGCAUAGAUAUCUCCCUGCAGUAUUUGCUUUUCUGGUUUCUUCUUCACCGGUCAUCAUUUGCACUGCUCUUCUUCUGGGGACAAUUUUGAUUUAUGGUGAGCCAAACAUACCUGAGAUUGAUGAAGAGAAGAAAGAUGCAAGGGAAAUUUCUUCCCUUAGAGCAAAGAAUGCUAGAAAUGUGUUUGUUGGGACGAAAGAUGACGGCUUCAAUGGAAAAGACCAUGAGGAUCGAGGCCAAGACGGUGAUGAAGUAGAUAAUGAUGGCAGGUUUACAGAUUCAAGCUCCAUGGUCAAGAAAGACAGAAGAAUUCUUGAUAAGAAGAAAAUGCCUAAGGAGGUUGAGCUUCUAUAUCAAGGAGUUAUUGAGAAGAGAGAAUUAUUGAGAGAGCAUGAAUAUGCUAAUGGUGUUUCUACCAAGAGCUGUCGAAAGAAAUCUAAGGGCCCUGGGGUGGACAUUGAUGAACAUGACACUUGUUCAGGUUCAGAAUCCGACCACGCAGAGGAGGAUUCCUCUCAUGCUGCUGCAUUUGUGGAUGGUGUUCUGCCAAUUAUUGAUGAGCUUCAUCCGCUGUUAAACUCUGAGCGUCGCAAGUGUGCUCGUAAAUCUGCUGACAACUCAGAUGCUGUUUUCAGCUCUUCUGAUGAUGAUGAUGAUGAUGAUGAUGAUGAAUCAGAUGAUGUUAGUGCGGAUGGUGAAAUCCCAGAGGAGGAGGAGGAGGAAGAAGAAGAAGAAGAAGAAGAAGAAGAAGAAGAGGAUGGAGGGGGGCCAGAUGAGAAAGAUGAUGGGACUGAAGUGGUGUUAAAAUGGACGGCUGAUGAUCAGAAGAACCUUAUGGACCUGGGGUCUUCUGAACUUGAAAGGAAUCAGAGGUUGGAGAAUUUGAUUGCAAAACGUAUAGCGAGGAAGAGAUUUCAAGCCGAAAGGAAUCUAAUUGACUUGGAGAGCAAUAACAUAGAUCCUAUCAUGGAGCAGCUAUCCACUCUUCAUGUUCAAAUUCGGUCUAGACAAAACCCUUUUGAUCUUCCAUAUGGUUCAGAGGAAUCAAUUGAUUUACCUCCAAUCCCUGGUUCUGCUCCUUCCAUUCUUCUUCCGAGACGGAAUCCUUUUGAUCUUCCAGAGGAUUUUGUAGGCGAGAGCGGUGCUGCAACUCCUGAUAGGGCGUAUCACCCAGGGUUUGUAUCACCAGUUCCACAGAAGGAUAUCUUCUUCCGAAGGCAUGAGAGCUUCUCUGUCGGACCCUCCUCAUUUGCAGGUGAGCUUAAACAGGGUAUGGGUGUUUCCCGGUUCAGACCCUACUUUGUUGCAGAGAAGAUGGAUUCAGAGGAGUCAAGGUUUGCCACAUUGCAAAAGCAAUUAAGUGGAAAUGGUGAUUCGGAAGCAAGUUCAGCUGCAGGAUCUGAUUCGGCAUCUUCAGUUGUCGAUCAAGAGGAUGACAAGGAGCUUGUGGAACAGGAAAAUCAUCAAGAGAGUGUUGUGUUAUCGCCCGGCGAUCAUGUUAGUGAACUUGUUGAAGUGGGAAGUCAAACCUCUGAGGAGGUUGACUCAUUGGAUGUCCAGCAAGAGCAAAACAUGGUCAACAUGGAUGAUGACAAUAAUAUUGCUGCCAAUGCUUCUAAUGUUACCACGGAAGCUCAUCAAGAUGUUCAUGAAAUCGAAGAGGAUUUUGAUGAUUCAAGUUCAUCAUCUUCCUCAAAAGCCAGUGACAAUAAGUUGAAGAUGAGCAUCACCGGUGAACUAUCAGCUACGGCUGAACAAAUAAAAGAUGAUUACCCAGAUGCUUCCAGUAAUUCUAAGCAAUCAGGCAUUUUGGGCUCCAAUCCUGAGAGCAUCAAAGCAGACAAAGUUGAUGAAAGUCAAGUCGAAGAUCCAGUGUACGACUCUAGCCCAUCAGCUAUCGAAAAAUCUUCAUCUAACAUUGCAUCACUUGAAGAAGAUUUGUUUCCUGGAGAUGUGCGCAUAGAGACCUCAGAGUUUGGUUUGCUCCCGAGAUCAGCUGAAGAGAAUGUUUCCUCUGAAAAUGGAACUCUCUCUUCAAGUCAUGAGAACACAACAGAGAAUUCAAUGCCAAACAAUGGAGGCGGUCUAUGGGUAGCAUCACCAAGUAUAAAUUUUGUAGAACAAAAUGAAUCGAGAUCAAGAGAGGUAUCAAUGAUCGCUGAGCAUGAUGUCAUAGGAAGGGGAUUUCCUGAAGUCGAACCUAUUUUACCUUUGAUACCUGAGCAAAUAGCUGCACGGCUGGCUCGCCAUUCAAGUUUGUCUUCAGCAACAGCUGAUUCAAGUGAAGAUGUUAAUAUAGAUGAUAAAGAUGCAGGAGUUGGCCGUGGAUCAUAAGCAGAGUUUUACGUUGUUUUAUUUUCACUUCAGUACACACUUUUUUGUAGUACUAGUAGUAGUUUUAUAUGCAUAUUUUUUGCAGACCUUCCACCGUCGUUCACAUGUAACCGUUUGCAAACUGCGUAGUCUUUUCUUUGUGGAAACAAAUGGAAUUUAUCCUUUUAAAUUUACUAUACAAUAACAUCAGAGUUUUGCUUGGA